GUGGCAUCUGACUUAAGACUAACACGUCUAUUUACUGACGUAGUUAUAAAAACUGAUGGAUUUUUAACUGUUAGUAAAUUCAUAAGAAGCACUAAUGUCGUGUUUGAGCCCCUGCCAGCCGAGCCAGGGUCCAGCUGGGAGCACGUUCGUGAACCUGGUCACCCAUCUUCUGGCUGCUCAGUGUCUCCUUACCGAACCCUGGCCUGACGAUCAUGAUUACCGCGUAAAAGACGGAGAUACUUUUGACUUCAUCAUCGUAGGCGCUGGUACAGCCGGAUCGAUCCUCGCUAAUCGGUUGACUGAAGUUGAAGAUUGGAAGGUGUUACUGGUGGAAGCUGGGGGUGACCCACCUGUGGAAACCAUUAUUCCAAAUUUCUCUGGAGCUACUCACAGAAGUAACCAAGUGUGGCAGUAUUUUACAGAAAAAGACGAUUCAAUAAACAGAGGUUGUGUGGAUGGAAUAUCAUUCUGGCCAAGAGGAAGAAUGCUGGGGGGCACGGGUUCAAUCAACGGUCUUCUUCAUAUGAAAGGAAGUCCAGCAGAUUACAAACCUUGGCAUUUAGCCGGUGAUGGCUGGGACUGGCCAUCAAUCAAGAAAUCCUUCAUGAAAAGUGAAAAAAUUAUCGACCCAUUAAUCCUUAAUAAUCCAGAACUAAUACAAAACUACGGUAUUACAGGAGAAUUCACUAUCGACAAACUAAAUUUUACGCAUCCUGAAAUAGUUCAAAACCUACUCCAGGCGUAUUCUGAGAUGGGCCUUCGAUAUUUGAAUGAUCUAAAUGGACCAACACAGAUGGGCGUUGGAAAGAUACGAGGUAGCAAUCAUAACGGCAGAAGAGUUAGCACUGCAACUAGCUUUUUAAAUUCAGUUAGAGAUCGUAAAAAUUUAUCCGUUUUAAAGAACACGUUUGCAAAUAAAAUAGUAUUUGAGAAUUCCCAGGCUGUAGGUCUCGAAGUCAAGAGACCAAACCCUUAUGCAGUAAAUACCCUUUAUGCAUCUAAAGAAGUGAUUGUAAGUGCGGGUUCAGUAAAUACACCCGUGUUGUUAAUGCUAUCAGGAAUUGGUCCCAAGAAACACUUAGAAGAAUUAGAAAUUGAAGUCAUUGCAGAUUUGCCGGUUGGUGAAAAUUUACAAGACCAUGUACGCAUUCCUGUUCCGAUAACUUUAAAUACAGGAGCUAACCAAGAAAAUGAAGAUUACUGGCGUAAAGCAGCUGCGCAAUAUUUGCUAGAACAGAAAGGACCCCAUGCCACUAAUUACGACCAACCUAAUAUCAACGCCUUUAUUUCAGUACCAGAUGGUAAAAUACUCCCUGAUGUGCAAGUGGAUCAUAAUUAUUUUGUUCCAAAUACUUCAUACCUGUAUUCAACCUGUACCAACAUUAUGUCAUUUAGAGACGAAAUAUGUAAACAGUUUUCUGAAAUGAACUCUAGAAGUGAAAUGAUAGUAUUCUUUGUAUCCUUGUGUAGACCUUUUUCAAGAGGAAAGAUUAUGUUACGUUCUAUAAACCCAAUCGAUCAUCCGAAAAUCUACGCAAAGUAUUUCAGUGAUGAGCGUGACAUGGAUAUUUUUGUUCAAAACCUCAAGCGUUUGACACAAAUUGUACAAACAAAUGUUUUCAAACGAGCAAAUGCGACACUUGAAAGGGUUAAAUUUAAAGAUUGUGAUGGAUUUAGAUUAGCGAGUGAUCAUUACUGGGAGUGUAUGGCAAGAACAUUGACCUAUAAUGUUUAUCACCCUGUUGGUACGUCUAAGAUGGGAAAAGUAGAUGAUCGAACUAGUGUAGUAGAUAGUAAGUUAAAGGUUGUAGGUUUAAAAGGUUUAAGAGUCAUUGAUGCUAGUAUCAUGCCUACAAUAACAAGUGUUAAUACGAAUGCUCCUACUAUGAUGAUUGCUGAAAGAGGCGCUGAUUUCAUCAAAACAGAAUAUAUGACGUUAAUCAAGGAUGAAUUCUAAGUGUAAUAAGAAUUCUGUGGCAAUAUAUCAAAGAUUGUUAUUUGCUUUUGAAUUGUAUAGCUUGCUCCUAUUUUUUUAAUUAGGCAAAUACGAAAAAGGUUUGUUAUAACUUUUAAUAUUUUUAUACAGCUAUUUAAUAAUUAUAUAUACUUAUAGCAUUACAAUAGGUACUCUUUGGAUAGAGUUAUUAAUGUCACGCGUGUUAUUGUUUGUCAAAUUAGUAACAAUGAUAUGUCCUACAAAUUCUUUUUCUUCUAUUUAUUGACUAAAAUUUCAAUUUUAAAAGUCUUCGCUGUAAUUUCUGUUGCCGAUAAGGGAAUAUUACCGCUUGAGAAAAAUUCCAUUGGUAUUCGGUUCUUCAUAGAUAUCGAAAACGAAAGUCGCGUUGGUACUUGUAAAGUAUAUUCAAGAGUUAAAAAGUGCUGUCUGACAGACUUAGAUGAAGAAGAUUGCGGUAUAAUGUAUGCGAUUGGUAUUACUUUUGAGGUGACAAAACCAAAAGACAGAAAGACGCUUUUAUACAUUUUUCCAACCCUUUGCCCAUACGAUCUUGUUGGAUACUGUGAUGUCCUGCUGGAUUAUCGAUGCAGUAAAAAUCGAGAUAGACUACACGUUAACAUUCCAUUUGAUACCACGAUUAGUAAAAGUAAACGUUCUAAUCCACUGGUGAAAGCCUUACUUGGCAAUGUCAAGAGUUUUGCUUGCGAAUCAUUGGAUCAAAACUCUUUAUAUAACUGUUUCCCGAUAGAUUGUGAUGUAAAAUAUUCUGGGCAAAGAUCUUUUUAUGACAAAGAUAUUAACAGAUGCAUCAAGACACCCGUUUGUGUUGGAGAAGCCGAUAAAGAACUUUCAAGUACAGUGUAUGUGCCAACUGUAAACGUCUGUAAAGAUUUGGAGUGCCCUCUGUCAACUCAAGAUAUCUAUGCUAUCUCGACAGGCUUAGGGACUGUAAUUCAGACAUCAAUAUUAAAAGAAGAUGACGUGAGAUUUGAAUUCGAAUCAAAUUGCUCUACGAUUUCACAAAACCUGUAUUUAUUAAAAGAUCUGAUGUACGGAAAACUGUGUCCCUGUAAUGUUAAUUCUGAGGACUUAUGUAAGUCCGCAGUUUUGGGGAUAGUAUUUUGUGUUUUAAGUAUAUGUGCUACAUUACUGUCCUUUCUAUUUUGUGCGAACAUGUUUGUUUGGAUCUAUAGACAGUGGUCAAAAGGCAACAUAGAUGCUUUCUUCGCAAGGGUGAAGAAAAAAUUUAAAAGGACAGAAAAUAAACGUCAUUUACGUAGAUCUCGUAUUAAUAGUGAAAUAAGAAAUACAUUGUUACGUGAAGUUAUAAUAAAAGAUAUACCUCUAGAACUGAGGGAAAGCGUUGAAGGCAUUUGUGAUAGAAUGGAGAAGGAGGUAAGAAAGAAAAAGAGGUACCGCAAGAAGGAUAUUGGCAGUCAAAUAAGUCUACAGAAGGAGAUCUUAAGAGAUGUAUUAUCUAGUUCCACUUCAACCGAGACUUUGUGUUCGGAAAAGGACGCUUUGAUUAAAUAAAUGCAAAUUAUUGUA